AUGUGGAAGCAACUGCUCAAACUUAGAGACAUUGCUAAAACUUUCCUCUCUUGCAAAAUUGGCGAUGGAACUUCGUGCUCCUUCUGGUUUGAUAAUUGGACACCCUUUGGUGAUCUAAUUACUUUCUUGGGGCCAGAGGCACAUCGACGAAUGGGGCUCCCUUUAGACUCAACAGUGGCCAAGGCUCGUUCUACCAAUGGAUGGAUUUUCAGGGGUGCACGCACUAACAAUGCUCAGCUCCUCCUUUCCCAUCUCGCUGAGAUUGAUAUUCAACUGGAUGUUAAAGACAUCUACUUAUGGGCAAAGCCGAAUGGAGAGCCUCAACAGCGCUUCAACUUCUAUGACACUUGGGUUCUUUGUAAGGCCCCUUCUCAGGAGGUUAGCUGGCACAAGCAGCCACGAUUUAUGGAGAUGGUGCUUGGAAAAAAUGAGAAUUCCAUUCACAAGGCUCACUACUUGGGAACGCCUCCUCAUGUGGCUGCGAUCGCCUAA